AGCUGUCGUGCCGGAAGGAAAGAUGGCGGAUCAUGAGGAGCAGAUAUCCGAGGAGGAGAAGGUGCGCAUAGCUGCCCACUUCAUCAUUCAUGCGCCUCCUGGAGAAUUCAACGAGGUUUUCAACGAUGUUCGGCUGCUCCUUAAUAAUGACAACCUUCUGCGGGAGGGAGCAGCUCAUGCAUUUGCACAAUACAAUCUGGACCAGUUUACUCCAGUAAAGAUCGAUGGGUACGAAGAACAGGUCUUAAUCACAGAGCAUGGCGAUCUGGGCAGCGGCAGAGUUCUGGACCCCAAGAAUAAGAUCUCCUUUAAGUUUGACCACCUGCGUAAGGAGGCGAGCGACCCGAAGCCGUACGAUGCGGACAGCGGCAUGGAGAGCUGGCGGAGCGCGGUGGAUGACGCCGUGCGCGCCUACGUCAAGGAGCACUACCCCAGCGGGGUCUGCACUAUUUAUGGGAAGACUCUUGACGGACAUCAAACCAUUGUUGUGUGCAUCGAGUGCCAUCAGUUUCAACCAAAAAACUUCUGGAACGGGCGCUGGAGGUCAGAGUGGAAGUUCACCAUCACCCCAUCCUCAACUCAAGUGGCAGGAAUCAUGAAGAUCCAGGUUCACUACUACGAAGACGGCAACGUUCAGCUGGUGAGCCACAAGGAAGUUCAGGAAUCGAUGGCCGUCACUAAUGAAGCACAAACAGCAAAGGAAUUCAUUAAGAUCAUGGAGGCUGCAGAGAAUGACUACCAGACCGCCAUCAAUGAGAACUACCAGACCAUGUCGGACACCACAUUCAAAGCUUUACGCCGGCAGCUCCCUGUAACUCGCACCAAGAUCGACUGGAACAAGAUUCUGAGCUACAAGAUCGGGAAGGAGAUGCAGAACGCCUAAAGCCAGUGUUGCACAGCUGGAUCCGCUGUCUCGUCCUUGUGUAAAUUAAGCAAUUGAAAGGGGGUUGGGUCUCACAAAAAUACAAAACAUUGGAUACAUGAAAGAUGCCUACUUUUAAUAAAACUUUUAUACAGAUAUGGAUUAAAAACUUACAGUAAUCAUGCCAUUUGGAAUGUAGGUUGCUAAGGAAAUUGGUGCACAGCUUCUUUUGGGGAGGGGGAUGAAUUUUCCAUCUUUUCAUGAAAAAGCAUUUUGUCAGGCCAACAAUAUUUAUUGUGAUUGUGCGAUCACAGUUUUAAUUGACCAUUAGCAAAGAACAGAAGGGAAAAUGUGAAAUGACACAAAUUAUUUUGUAGAAAACCCUGUCUAAAUGUAGUGUAGGAUUAACUUAUUAAAAAAAGAAGGUGUGGCUCAUUUCCUGAAUGUGGAGGGAAAAACGUUUAGCUCAUAUUUCUGUCCCCUUCGUUCGUUACCGCAUGCUCGGUCUCUGUGUUCAUAUCCUCCGCAUCCCCGCAUAAACAGCACUGUGACGAGCCAGCCCUGCGGAAGCCAAUGAAAUCGGGACAGGCUUGAUUAACAAAAGUCUUUAAUUGCUCUAAACAGCUUCCUGUUCAUACAUUUAACUACUCACGACAUUUGUAUUACAUGCCCCUGAGUUCUUAUUUUUAUUAAAACCAGACAUGACUGUAUUAUAACAAGAUACA